CAACACGUGUUUUUGUCUCGUCCAUUUGAUUCGUACUCGCGCCGCGUGCUAACGUCUUAUCACACUUACUUGAAUUAAAAUAAAAAAAAUGACUGACGUUGAAGGACGAAAGAAAAAGAAGAAGAUCAAGGAGGAGCCAAUGGAUGCUGAUGAUUUGGGCACGUUGCAAAAGCAGCAUCAGUUUCAAAUACAGCCAUCUUCCAAAAUCGCAGAGCUAGAUACCUCACAGUGGCCACUGCUGCUCAAGAACUUUGAUAAGCUAAACAUUCGGUCCAAUCAUUAUACACCACUGGCACAUGGCUCGUCGCCAUUGAAUCGCGACAUCAAGGAGUACAUUAAGACUGGCUUUAUUAAUCUGGACAAGCCAUCGAAUCCUAGCUCCCACGAAGUUGUAGCAUGGAUUAAGAAAAUAUUGAAAGUGGAAAAGACCGGACACUCUGGUACAUUGGAUCCCAAAGUUACAGGUUGCUUGAUUGUUUGCAUUGAUCGUGCUACGCGUCUAGUCAAGUCACAGCAAAGCGCUGGCAAGGAGUAUGUGGCCAUUUUCAAGCUGCACGGUGCCGUCGAAUCUGUGGCCAAGGUGCGUCAAGGUUUGGAAAAAUUGCGUGGUGCACUGUUCCAGCGCCCACCGCUCAUUUCCGCCGUAAAGCGUCAGCUGCGUGUGCGUACAGUCUAUGACAGCAAACUGUUGGACUACGAUGAGCAGCGUAAUAUGGGUGUUUUUUGGGUUAGCUGCGAGGCUGGUUCCUAUAUACGUACCAUGUGCGUCCACUUGGGCUUAGUGCUUGGCGUUGGUGGCCAAAUGUUGGAACUGCGUCGUGUACGCUCUGGCAUUCAAUCCGAACGGGAUGGCAUGGUUACUAUGCAUGACGUACUCGAUGCCAUGUGGCUGUAUGAAAAUCACAAGGACGAGUCUAUGCUGCGUCGUGUUAUCAAGCCCUUGGAGGGUCUGCUCAUAAAUCACAAACGCAUUAUUAUGAAGGACAGUUCGGUAAACGCUGUUUGCUAUGGUGCCAAGAUUAUGUUGCCUGGUGUGCUGCGCUAUGAAGAUGGCAUUGAGCUUGAACAGGAGAUUGUCAUUUGCACAACAAAAGGUGAAGCUAUUUGCUUGGCCAUUGCCAUGAUGACCACUGCCACCAUGUCGUCUUGCGAUCAUGGUGUUGUUGCCAAGAUUAAGCGUGUUAUUAUGGAACGUGACACGUACCCACGUAAAUGGGGCUUGGGUCCUAAAGCUUCGGCCAAGAAGGCACUCAUUGCUUCUGGCAAGCUGGAUAAAUUUGGCAGACCCAAUGAAAAUACGCCCAAGGAAUGGCUUACCGGUUUUGUAGAUUACAAUGCCAAAAAACCAGCGGCAGCUGUUGCGCCACAGACACCCUCAAAUGGAGCUGAUCCCUCCAAGCGUAAACUAAGCACUUCAAGCGAGGAGGAAGCUGCUGUAGCGGCGCCCGCUCCAGACACAACAGAAAAGAAAAAGAAGAAGAAGAAACAUAAGGGUGAUGAAGAAGCACCCGAGGCUGUUGAAGAAGCGCCCGUAGAAAAGGAAAAGAAGAAAAAGAAGAAGAAGGACAAAGAUAGAGAUAGAGAGGAGGAAUAGAUUAACCCACCUUACCAUUAUUUUAAUAAUGUUAGAACUUUUAGGCUUAGUAACUCUUACUAACGCAUUUCGGCGCAUUUUCCUAGUUUUUUAAGUUUACAAAAGUUGUGUAGGCAGCGGUUAAAGUAACAACAGUACAAAUGCAAAUUUUAAUGCAUUUACUAAGUAACAGUUCGCACGCAAUAAAUUUGUAUAAUUUUUAAUCAAACAAUUAGUUUUGAAUACUCUAGACAUUUUUUAGCUUAGCUAGCGCCACGACUUCUGCUUAAAGCUGACACUGUGCUUAACUGAAUGAUCUGCGUUCGGAAGACUAAAAGCAUUUACUUUGAUGUUCCCAAAAAAUA